CUCAGCCAGUAGACUGCUGCACCACCGGCCGUGCCGUUUCUCACCUCGGUGGUGCCGACCUGCUCGCUCCACUUUUUUUUUUUUUGGAGGGGAGGAGACGACAAAGGCUGUGAUGAUGAUGAGCUUUUUUCCCGCAGGAUACUUACGUACUGCAGCGCAAGUUUACUUGCUCCUCGUGGUGGCCUGUGCUGCGUCUGCUGUCAACGUGACUGAAGAAGCGUCGACCUCGUGCCCUCUUGGCUUCUUCCCAUGCGGCAACCUGAGCAUGUGCCUGCCCCAAGUGCUGCACUGCAAUGGCGCUGACGACUGCGGGAACCAAGCGGACGAGGAGAACUGCGGAGAUAACAACGGAUGGCCGCACCUCUUCGACAAAUACUUUGGAAUGCCGAGCCACAACGCUGGGACAAAGUCCAUCAUGUGCUUGCUGGGCCUCAUUCCAGAGCCGUGCCAGUGCCGGGACUUGGAGCUGGACUGUGACGGAGCGCAACUCGGCGACGUGCCGCCGGUGGCUGCGAACGUCACGAUGAUGUCCUUGCAGAGGAACCAUCUGCAGAGGCUGAAGGCAAACACCUUCUUCGUGUACCAGAGCCUGCAGAAACUGUACCUGCAGCACAACGAGAUCGCAGAAGUGAGUCCGACCGCUUUCAGAGGACUGUACAAUCUCACCAGGCUAUACCUGAACUACAACAGGAUUUCUGUGCUGAUGCCCGGUGUGUUCAGGGACCUUCACAAGCUGGAGUGGUUGAUCUUGGAGAAUAAUAACAUCCAUCACAUCUCCCCCAAAGCCUUCUCAGGGCUCAACUCGCUGGUCUUGCUGGCUUUGUUGAACAACACUCUGACAAAGCUGGAUGACAUCUGUCGCGAGAUGGCCAGACUCAACUGGCUGGAUUUGGAGGGUAAUCAGAUCGAGACCUUGGAGAAUGUGUCGUUCAACUCGUGCAGUAUGCUGACAGUUUUGGUUCUACAGCGCAACCGGAUCAGCCACAUACACGAGCAAGCCUUCUCCGUCCUCCAAAAGCUUGGAGAGUUAGAUCUCUCCAGCAACAGACUGAUGGAAAUCCCGCCUAAUCUCUUUGCACAUCUAGGAGAUUUGCUCCAACUAAACAUUUCAUACAAUCGCAUCAGAGAGUUGCAGGUGGACCACUUUGACAAACUGCAUAAACUGAAGUCAUUGAGCAUCGAGGGCAUCGAAAUUGCCAACAUCCAACGACGGAUGUUCGAGCCGCUUAAAUACCUGACCCACAUCUACUUCAAAAAGUUCCAGUACUGCGGCUACGCGCCUCACGUGCGCAGCUGCAAACCCAACACGGACGGCAUCUCGUCGUUCGAGGACCUGCUGGCCAACAUCGUGCUGAGGGUCUUCGUCUGGGUGGUCUCGGCCACCACCUGCUUCGGCAACAUCUUCGUCAUCUGCAUGCGCUCGUACAUACGCUCGGAGAACAAGCUGCACGCCAUGUGCAUAAUUUCCCUCUGCUGCGCAGAUGGGUUGAUGGGCAUCUACCUGUUCAUGAUCGGGGUGUACGACCUGAAGUUCCGCGGCGAGUACAACCGUCACGCCCAAGCCUGGAUGGACAGCGGCCAGUGUCAGGUGGUCGGCUCCCUGGCCAUGCUGUCCACCGAGGUGUCGGUCCUGCUGCUCACCUACCUGACUCUGGAGAAGUACAUCUGCAUCGUGUACCCCUUCCGCUACCUGACGCCGGGUUGGCGCCGUACCGUGACGAUGCUCCUGGGCAUCUGGGUGUUCGGCUUCAUGGUGGCCUUCCUGCCCCUGGCCUGCAAGGGGCUAUUCCGGAACUUCUACGGUACCAACGGCGUGUGCUUCCCGCUGCACUCGGAGCAGCCCGAGACGCUCUGGACGCACAUAUACUCCAUCGCCAUCUUUCUGGGUCUAAACCUAGUUGCAUUCCUGAUCAUCGUACUGUCGUACGCCAGCAUGUUCUACAACAUCCAGCGCACGGGAACGCAGACCACCAAGUACAGCAACCACAUCAAGAAGGAGGUGACCAUCGCCAAACGCUUCUUCUCCAUUGUCAUCACAGACUCACUCUGCUGGAUCCCCAUUUUCGUCCUCAAGAUCCUGUCCCUGCUGCAGGUGGAGAUUCCCGGCACAAUUACCUCAUGGGUGGUGAUAUUCAUCCUGCCCAUCAACAGCGCCCUCAACCCCAUCCUUUACACGCUGACCACCCGUCCCUUCAGGGAGACCCUGAUGCAGGUGUGGGCCAACUAUAGGCAGCGGACGCCGGCGGUGGCCACCCACCCCAUCCAUCAGCCCUCGCUCACCUGGCAGGAAAUGUGGCCCCUGCAGGACUCCAGCCCGGCAGCGGGGGGCCGUCGAGACGCGACCGACGCACCCCCCGCUAAGCUCGUCAACCUGGCGGAAAAUAACACCGGCGUCCCCGUGUGAACCUACCGGCGGUGGUGCGACUGUUCCGUGCUAAACUGGAAUGUCGGUGGAGUGCAGACCUCUGCUGAGGUUGAACAAUCCUGUACGUGUGGUGGGGUGAUAUCAUUCCACUCCAGUCCUGUAGGUGGCGACAUCACAAAGUGGAUGCUUGACGCCUGCUGGUUUCUUGGCUCCAAUGUAAGUGGACUGUAACAGUGACAAAUGAUCCAUAACGCAAAUCCUACACUGCAUUGCUACAACUUUGCUGACUUUGUGUCUUAUUUCCUGUUGGAAAAAAAACACAGCUUAGCUGGCCAGUGUGAAGCUAUAAAUUAGCAUUAAAAAAUUGGAAUGUUGGAAAACAGACAUCUGUAUCUGUAUAUAAGGCACUUAAUGAUACCACACUAGAAGUGGAAAAAUCCUCAAAUUACAAGAAAAACAUAGCAUCCGCACAAAAAAGUCCGAAUGUUUGAUUACUGACAUCUGCACGGUUACAUUGAGCGACUCUUUACAAUAUGACACUGUAUUGCUUAUUUCUUCUUGAAAAAAAGCUGUCUUAAUGACUUGCGUGAAAGCGGCUUACAUUGGAAGCCAGCAAAUGUGCAAAUCGACAUCAUUCUAGCGUUGGAAACAAUAGGAAACACGAAAGCUCAUAAAACAAAUCCCACGCAUGCUCCAACAUUGCCGACUGUCGACCGAUGCGGCAGUCCGUCGGCUUGGUGUGUCGCGCCUUAACAUCUCUGACAAGGACGACAAAAAACAAAUAAAGGUGAAAAUACGUAUUGAUAAUAGUACACGCUGAAACUGGUGAUUGGCACAGAAUGAUUUUCAAUGCACAAGGAAAACAAAAUCUAAAGUCUAGAGUGUUUGGAUUCAUAAAGAAAUGGACAAGUUAUACUGAGCAGCUUUGAAAUACUGUACCGGUUCAGCAACAAAUCUCGGCUUUCAUGCCACAAGAAAACAAAGUGAUGUGUUUGAUGAGUUAAAGGCGGCAACAAGCAGGAGCAUGCUAACAGGACUAGCAGACAACAAAACAAUUGUUCUCUGCUCUCUAUUCUACCUCUGGAAUGCAAACACUAAGGCUAUGUUCACACUUUUGCAGGUCAAGUCAAAAAAAAUUCUUCCAACGUGACGUACAUCGUGAUUUGUUUUUUCCUGUCAGUGUGUACGGUACAAAUCUACAUUUUUCAAAUCUGACACAGACCUCUUUCAUAUGGGGAUAUAAAUUGGAUAUGUAUCCGAUGCGAGUGGUUACGCUCAUCCGUCCGUCCACAUUAUAAGUCGCGUUUGUUUUUGUAAUGUGAGUGAUGACGUAAAAAAAAUCGGAUUUAACAAAAAAAAAAUCCGAAUUGGGCAUCGUGCCCUGCAGUGUGAACGUAGACUAAGCUGAAGUAGUAGAUAUUUUGAGUACAGGUAAAUACAGGUAUAUAUUCACAAUGACCACUUUAGAUACAGUUUAUUUAUUUAUUUAUUUAUUUAUCUAUUUAUUAUUUAAAUUGCUACACGUAAAGCAGUUUAUGUUUACCCGUGGACAUUUUCGGUGUACGAAAGACACAAACGUAACAGGACGGUUAAGAUCAUUACAAAAUAAAAGUAUUUUAACAUCCUCAACUGUCAUACAAGCACACAAAGAAGUUAAAGACUGUCUAAUACAACUAAAAUAAAGUAAGACUACUCACCCAAACAUUGACAUUUGGUAUGCUCGCAUGUGGGAAGACCCACGUCACUGCCUGCAGGAUUUCCAGGUAAAACGACUUGUUUGCUCGUCGACCUGAUGAGCAAUUAAAGUUGAAUGAAAUUACUUCUGCCAGGGUUCAUCCACAUAAUGGUGGAUUAAAGCCCCCCGGCAAAUUGCAUUUCGACUAUGACUGAUUUUUACGUUCACUGUUAAUUUGUUCCAUUUUUUUUUUUUUUUGCCCUUUUUUGAAUUCAUGCAGCAGCUACCUCGACUUGUUUAUAAAUGCUUCAACGGCAGCUUUGAAGGCAUUCAGAAAGUGACAUUUAAAAAAAGAAAAGGAAGAAAAGGGAGUCUUUCCAAUACACUCCAUAUUAAACCCCGGUCCAAAGUGAUCAACAUAACUUGUUCAAAUGAAAAUGAAAUGAGAAAUCAUAUUUUGGUGACUCGCUAUGUUGCUAUGUCAAACUUUCAGGGAUUGUGUCAUGUCAUAAUGGCAGAGCAAAACUACCUCUAAUUUUAUUUUAUUUAAAUUAGUAUCCAAAAAUUCAAUAACAAUAAUUGCAAUUUUAUGAGUGACCCCGAGAAUGGUUCAUUUUUUUUCGUAAUAAUAACAUUAAGUACUGUUGUAUACGUUUUGAUUAAAUGAAAUACAUUUAAUUACAUUAUUCCGUUUUCAUUGUGAAAUAUAAAAUACAUUAUUAAAAUAAAAUCCUUUAUCCAACAUUAUUAAUUAAAACAUCUUACAAGUAAGACCAAAAUAGGUACAUUUUGUACUAAUUUAACUAACUACCAAUGGAUUUUUAAAACUGAAUUGAUUAUGUUUUCAAUCCCUGAGAAAAAUAAAAUAAAAAAAUAUUUUUUAAAAAACACCCCCUCAGCAAAUAAUUACAUAGUUUUAAAAAUAGUUACAUUUUAUACUAAUAUUAAACAAAUUGUGACUAUUUUUUAUUUUAAUUUAAUUUAUUAUACAGUACUCCGGCUAUAUUGUGGUUCACCUUUCACAUUCCCGCUAUAUCAUUAUUAGAGUUGUUACUUUAUUUUUCUAUACUGUUUGUACAAUAUUUUUGUGUUAUCAGUUGAUAUAUAUGUGUGUUUAAAUGUGUUUGUAUUGUUUUAAAAGUGUGUUUAAAGACCUUUAAAAAAAGAUGAAGUGCCGUAAAUGCUAUAAAAACAUGCCUAGGGUGUAUUUUUGUAUCGCGGAUUUCACAUAUUGCUGGGGCGGUCUGGAACGAAACCCCAGCGAUGGAGGGGGGGAUUACCAGCUACUGUUACCAUUUUCCAUCCCAGAUGAAACAUUUUUGAAAUAACAUUUCAAAAAAUUGAAUUAUACUCCCAACAGAAUAUUUUUUUUUUUCAAUAAACCUAUUUUGAGUAUUCCCCAUAUACGGUUAAUUUUCUACAAAUUCCACUGUAUUGCAUGUGUAAAUGAAAUUUUAAGACAAUUUUGUGGGAUUUUGCAUUUCCCAGCUGGUCUGGGAUUUGACAUUGGACACUUGUACACAGCAUCAUUCUACACCAGUCAGGACAUUUAGACGCUUGAUUCUCAGCAUAGAGUGUUUGUAUGAAUUCCUAUGGAAAUCAUUUUCCUCCCCAGACUUUGUAAAUAUAAACAUUUGUUGCUGCUGUUCUCUCACGUAAGAGUAUCCUCAUUUCACUGUUCGUGCCUGUAUGCCAGUUCUUAACUCAGUGUUAGUGUUGUUGAUGGAAGAAGGUGUUUUUUAAUGUGUGCCAUGUCUUCAGUUAUGUCUAGAAUGUGACAAAUUAAAAAGACUAAAAAUG